AACAACACUAAUAUUAAUAUAGUAAAAAUAAAACAAUUGAAGCGCAAAAAGGGAAGGAAAACACUCUUGAAAGCAGCUUCUCAUCUCUCUCCCUAUCUCGAAACAGAUACGUACGUAUUUAUACACAUAUACUCUGGCAGAAGUAAAUAGAUUCAGACAAGAGAACCAUACCAAGUGUUAAAGAAAACAGGUCAAGUCUUUCUGAAGAUGCUAUUAUUUACUUUUGCUUCACGUACAUGUAAUCUUACGUAUGCUUCAGCUCUACCGUCUCUUUCUUUAUCCUCUCUCUAUAACUUCGGUAGUUGAAAUACUGCUGUUGAGUAUUUCACAAAUCUAACCCCUCAAAGAUCAAUUUAGUUGCUUGAAAGGUUUUAAAGACCAAGAGAGAGAGAGAGACUUGAUAGACUCCUCUAUAUCUCUCUCUCUUCUUCGCAUAACACCAAUCUUCUCUGUUUCUUUGUAAGCAACAAACUCGGAAGGAAUUCAUCAGAAGCUUGGCUUUUGAAUGGUCUCUUGCUGCACCUACUAGGCGUAAAGACACAACCAGAAGCUAUGCAUUUUCCUCUUGUUUCGGCUUGGAACAAGAGAAGGAGAAGCAAAUCCUAUGAUACGGAUCCAUGUACGUUCCUUUUCUCCAUCAUCUUCGCCAGAUGGCGUAAAAGGGUCUACAGAACAGCAGAGUGCUGGCAAAUAGAAGAUCAGACGUCUCAGCCAAGGAAACGAAGAUACGGGUCAUGUGUUUAUACCCUCAAGGAAAUGGAAGAGGCCACAAAUUCCUUCAGUGAUGAGAAUCUCCUCGGUAAAGGAGGCUUUGGCCGAGUUUACAAAGGCACUCUAAAAACAGGAGAGGUUGUUGCGAUCAAGAAGAUGGAUUUGCCUCCGUUCAAAAAGGCUGACGGAGAAAGAGAAUUUCGUGUGGAGGUGGAUAUAUUGAGUAGACUCGACCAUCCAAAUCUGGUAUCUUUGAUUGGCUACUGUGCAGAUGGCAAACACCGGUUCCUUGUAUAUGAAUAUAUGCAAAACGGAAACCUGCAAGAUCAUUUGAAUGGAUUAAAAGAAGCAAAGAUAAGCUGGCCAAUAAGACUCAGAAUCGCACUUGGAGCAGCGAAAGGACUCGCGUAUCUACAUUCGAGUUCUGGUGUUGGCAUUCCAAUUGUUCACAGAGAUUUCAAAUCCACCAACGUUUUACUGGACACCUACUAUAACGCAAAGAUAUCAGACUUUGGACUCGCAAAGUUGAUGCCAGAAGGAAAGGACACUUGUGUGACAGCAAGAGUUCUAGGAACAUUCGGCUAUUUCGACCCAGAAUACACAUCGACAGGUAAACUUACACUACAAAGCGACAUUUAUGCAUUUGGGGUCGUGCUGCUAGAACUACUAACCGGACGCAGAGCAGUUGACUUAACUCAGGGCCCAAACGAACAGAACCUGGUGCUACAGGUCAGGAGUAUACUAAAUGAUAGAAAGAAACUGCGCAAGGUUAUAGAUCCAGAGCUGUCUCGGAACUCAUACAGCAUGGAAGCUAUAGCCAUGUUUGCUGAUUUGGCAUCACGUUGCAUCCGUAUAGAGAGCAGCGAGAGGCCUUCUGUGACUGACUGUGUUAAGGAGCUGCAACUAAUUAUCUACACAAACUCCAAGGGCGGUUUGGGUGGGACGAUACCUACAUUCAGAAGGCUCUAG